CGCAGGCAGUAGCGGGGAGCGCAGCACAGCGCAGCGCAGCAGCGGCAGAAGCUGGGCUCUGCGCUAAAGGUAGCCGCAACGGAUCUGCCAGGGCGCCUCUCUCCCUAGCUUUCCGCAGCGGCGUGGUGCUGGGAGUGCGCCAGGAGAUCAGAACCCCAGGAGUCCACGUGUGCAGGAUCCUGUGGGCACUGAAAAUCGACACACUCAUGCCCAUUUCCUGUAAUGGACAAACUUGACGCUAAUGUGAGUUCCAACGAGGGUUUCGAGUCCGUGAAGAAGGUUGCACUGCUAACAUUCCUCUCAGUGGUUAUCCUGAUGGCCAUCCUGGGCAACCUGCUGGUGAUGGUGGCUGUGUGCAGGGACAGGCAGCUCAGGAAAAUAAAAACCAAUUAUUUCAUUGUGUCUCUUGCCUUUGCCGAUCUGCUGGUUUCGGUGCUGGUGAUGCCCUUUGGUGCCAUUGAGCUGGUUCAAGACAUCUUGAUUUAUGAGGAUACGUUUUGCCUGGUCCGGACCUCUCUAGAUGUCCUACUCACUACAGCAUCGAUAUUUCAUCUGUGCUGCAUUUCACUGGAUAGAUAUUAUGCCAUCUGCUGCCAACCUUUGGUUUAUAGAAGCAAGAUGACCCCUGUCCGCAUCGCACUAAUGUUGGGAGGCUGCUGGUCCAUUCCCAUGUUUAUAUCUUUUCUCCCCAUCAUGCAAGGCUGGAACAAAAUCGGCAUCGAUGAUGUGAUAAAGAAAAGGGAACUCAACCACAACUCUAACUCCACAUUCUGUGUCUUCAUGGUCAACAAGCCCUACGCCAUCACCUGCUCCGUGGUGGCCUUCUACAUCCCGUUUCUCCUCAUGGUGCUGGCCUAUUACCGCAUCUAUGUCACUGCGAAGGAGCAUGCCCAGCAGAUCCAGAUGUUACAACGAGCAGGAACCACCCCUGAAAGCAGACCCCAGCCAGCUGACCAGCACAGCACACAUCGCAUGCGGACAGAGACCAAGGCAGCCAAGACUUUAUGCAUCAUCAUGGGCUGCUUCUGUUUCUGCUGGGCUCCCUUCUUUGUCACCAAUGUUGUGGACCCUUUCAUAGACUACAGUGUCCCUGAGCAGGUGUGGACUGCUUUCCUUUGGCUUGGCUAUAUCAAUUCAGGGUUGAACCCUUUUCUCUAUGCCUUCUUGAAUAAGUCUUUUAGACGUGCCUUCCUCGUCAUCCUCUGCUGUGAUGAUGAACGCUACAGAAGACCCUCCAUUCUGGGCCAGACUGUCCCAUGUUCAACCACAACCAUUAAUGGAUCCACACAUGUGCUAAGUUUCCCCCUGCUCUUCUGCAAUAGACCUGUUCCUGUCUAACUCUGAGCGUGCUCUGCAAAGCUGUGUAUACAGUUUUGCACAGUGGGCAUCACCAGGAACUGGAGAAAUUGCCCAUACACAAUGACCCAGAGUCCCUGGAAUCAUGCUUUUGAUUGAAGACCUGGCUUGCCAUUUAGCCAUUCAUUCCCAUUCAUGUCUGCAUGAACAGGAUACCCUGGAAACACUCUUGACCCUGGUCAUCACCAGUGAAGCUUGAAGUACGGGACACCAGGGCCCAGUGAAGGUACACAGAAGACGGUGUUCAGUGGAACCUGGACCCAGCACAUCAAGGAUUUCAGAAUUGUGUGGGGACUUCAGACAUCAUCAGACCCAGCAUCCUACCCAGAGCCCAAGUGGCACCACUCAUUGCCUACUGACACAAGGUCGGUCUCUGCUCGCACCUCUCCAGGGACAGGAGCUCACUACCUCUGAACGCAGCCCCUUCUGUGGUGGGAAUGAGCUAAUUGUGUGGAAGUUCUGUCGUUUAUCGGCACCCAAGUCUGUGGCUGCUCUAGCUUCUGUCAGGGCAGUGCUGUUGGUCUCCUCUUCCUCUCAGAAAGCCUUAGACAUUGGAAGAAAAUGACCUGCCACCCGCCCACCCCUCUCAGUCUUCUCUCUCAAUGGAACAUCUCCAGUUUCCUCUUCGCUCUGGCCAUCUUCUGGACAUGCUUUGCUAGGCUCGGGAUGCCUGGCUAGAAGCACUCAAGUACUGACAUGGAAGGUGUCAGGAAUUUUGGCUUACAGCCAUGAAUAUUUUCUUUUCCUUCCUUCUCUCCCUCCCUCCCUCCCUCCCUCUCUCCCUCCCUCCCUCCUUUCUUUCUUUCCUUCCUUCCUUCUUUCCUUCCUUUUUUCUUUCUUGAUCAUAGCAUACUACUUGAGGUAACAGUUCCCCCUUGAGGCUAAAUUGUAAAGAUUCUGCUUAGGUUUUGCCUUUGGACCCAUUACCAAGAGACCUCUAUACAGCUAGUUUUGUGUGUGUGUGUGUGUGUGUGUGUGUGUGUGUGUGUGUGUGUGUGUUCACAUAUGCAUGCAUGUGUGUGUAAAGUUACCAUUUUCCCCACUGGCAUACUAGUGACUGUGUCACCUGGAAUGAAUCUUUAUUUGCUCCCCCUCCAUGACAGUGGACUAGGACCCCGACUGCUAUGAACGUUGACAAAGAACAGUCUUACAACUCAAGAAUCAAGGAGUGGGAGUCAGGGAGGAGCUAGAGAGAUGGCUCAGUGUUCAAGAGAAGAGCACUUGUUGCUCUGGCAGAAGACCCAAGUUUGGCUCCCAGCAUCCACAUGGUGGCUCACAACCAUCUGUUACUCCAGUUCCAGGGGAUCCGGCACCACUACUGACUGCUCCAGGCUCCUGCACACACACACGAUGCACAUACAUACACUCAGGCACACACACAUACACACUCACAUACUAAAACAAAACAAAACAAAACAAAACGUUAAGGGGGGAAACUGACUUGCUCCCAUGGAGACUGCCUUUUAAGGAUGAUCAGGGUCCUGUGCUGAACAACCCAAUGGUCUAGUCCUAGGCCAUUUUCUGUUUUGAGCAAAGAACAAAUCCAUCUUUCUGUACUGGGAACUGUCAUUGAACCCUGCCUUUGAAGCUACUGUGGUUCCAUUUUACACACAUUUUUGUAGAGUGUCGUUUGUUCCAAACCCCAAGAUAUGUUUUCUCUCCCAUACUAAAGCUGUCACCACCUUCUUUGUCUUGGGCUAGUUAUUUCUUCAAGAGAGAGAGAAGACUUGAGACUCACAAGCGUUUUCUUUUCUUUUCUUUCUGCGGACAAAGACCAGUUCGGUUCACUGCUGUGAAACAGAGGGAGCAGGGAAGCUGGACGUGUCCUGGCAUCCCUGCCGUUUUAACUCCCCAUCUUUCUCCCUCUUCUCUCUCCGGCCCUUCCACCCUCCUCCCUUCUUCUCCGUCUUACGCUUUUUUAGGACAGGGUUUUUCAUAGCCCAGGCUGGCCUCAAACUCACUGUGUAGCUGAGGCUGGACUGAAUUCCUGAUCUUCCUACCUCCAUCCUCCAAGUGUUGGGGCCUCAGGCUUGAGUCACCCUACAAGUUUCCCUUACCUUUCCACUUCCUGUGUCAUACCUUCUUCCCCUCUGAUGGCAGGUCACACUGGCCUCUUUGUCCCUGUUUAAUCUAUGAAGGAAGAACUCACUGGCCAUCUUCCUUUCCCCCAUCUUCAGAUAUGGUGAGAAGAAUGGUCAUCCCCCACAAAGGAAUGAAGUGACCAAUCGUCUAGGUUUAACAUUGAAAGUCUCAUACCCCAAGGCAUUCCGCAGCCCUUGGCAAGUUAAGGAUACUCACCAUACUUACGGGACCCUUCUCUAUUGAAAACCAGUAAACUCCUUGGAUCUGAGUCCCUUUCUGUCUUUUCAUGAAAAACUGAAGGAAGGGACCAGGGACAAGAAGACAUGGUGAUAAGCCAAAUGCAAAUCCAUGAGAUAAGAAUGGAUUCAUUCUAUCUGGAGAGCUGCUACACAGCAUUAGUUCCACCCAUGGCUUCCAGGAAUCCAGACAACACAGCUUGAGUGUGGAAGACGCAGAAGAUACACAGCAGUCCAGGCUUCAAGGAGACCUAAACUUGUCCUCUUCCUAAGAAGCUCCUCUGUCAGGAAGCCUGCUGUGGUAAGAUGAGAUGUUACUAGGGAAGAGGAGGCUGUGGUCCAGCUACUCUGGCCAGAUGAACACUGGCAACCACUUGGAUGUUUAAUGAAGUCUGUUUCCAUGCCAGGGAUAAAGGGAUUCACUGUGCUUUCUUUCCAUUUGACUUUGCAGUCCAUAGGAAUGCCCAGUUCUGAAGAUUCCACCUCAUCUUGCUGGAAGCCAGAAUGAUCCAAGGCUCAGAGGUCCUGAUGAAAGAAAAAAGGGAAUGCUAGCUCUUUGCCCUUGCCUAGGAGCAGACUUGGCAAGGGCCAGCCUUGGCCUGGGCCUCAAAGGAUUAAGAUUUCAGUUCCUAGGAACCCAGCUUUCCCCUCUGAAGGGCUGUGGUUAUCAGUCCUAAGGCAGCUGUGUCUGAGAUAUCCUGUGUUCUCUUGCCAACAUUGUCUGAUUUAGCUUUCUACUGACCUUGGCCAUUCUCCCUCAGCAAGUAGGAUAUAUAAAAUGCUCUACUUCUUAAGAAGCUUGCUCGGCAUAAGACAUCGCUUGUGCAAGACCUGUCAACCCCAGCUUCCUACCUUCUCCUCUGGCCAUCCCUCUUAGAAUGCUGGCACUGAAGAACAACUGCUGGCCCAGGUCACGAACCCUCUCCAUUAGCAACUAGAAAGUUAAAAGAAAUAAAAACCUACAAGGUUUUGGCUAAAACAAACUAACAAAGCCAACUCGGAGAUUUCAGCUUCACUGCUCACUAACAUUUCCACUUCCUGCCGCCAACUUGCUCUGUCCUGAAACAAAGAACCAUCUGGGAAAUGGGGUAGGGUAGGGCAUUGUGGGUAGGUGACAGAAGAGAUUCAAUGAGGCCAGAGAAUGGAGACAACCAAAUCACCUGUAAUACAGUCUUCAAGUGGGGAGAAAAUGUCUUCUUGGUGCUGUGCUAUAUCUAGCUAUUUCUCUUUGGUAUUGUGGCUCUCUUAGGUAAGAGAUGGAAAGUGCUUUUCUUUUCCUCUACUACUUUGAUUGGCUGUGGUCAAAAUCUGCCCCAAAACACAGGGUCUAGGAGGAAAUCAAAAAUCAGUGCAUUUGCCCCUUUUGGCCAAAAGUGUCCUCUUUGCACACAGUCUAGAAAACUAAGUCCUGAUUUGAAUGUGAACAACGUAGGGAUGAACUUGAAGAGCUGGGUUCAGGCCCACUCUUGUUCUGGCCCUGAGCAGAACUUGCCUCACUCUAUUCUUCUACAAAAUGCAAAUGGUCACUGAGCUGGCUGGAUCUAUGUGACGGUUCCAACAUGGAUAGUCAAGGGCCACUGUUACAAGUUUGGCUAAAUACAUGCUUUGCCUGCACUGUUAAUUACAUAAUACCUUCAUUUCACUUACAGAAAUUUAGUUUAGAAGGAAACGGUUUAUCAGAUCCCAAAUGGAAAAUGAGUUUUAUUUGCUGUAAAUAGAAAGCAGCCAUAGAGAUAAACUAAUAAAAAUAAAACCGAACUACUAAAUUCUAACCAGAUGUCAACACUCAGAGCGUGUCCCCUGCCUCUGCAUGUCCCAGGAAGACAAAUGUGUCAGUGGAGUCCCCCUAUCUCCUCUCUGGGAGAAUUUAGAGAAUGAAUUCCAAACUAUAGGAAUUCAUCAAUUUAAUACAAGUUCAGUUCCAUGUUUUUGGAAAUAAAGAUGGAAGGGAAACAAAGUGCUUACUAUUUUUAUUAGUAUUAUACUUAAUCCAGAUUGUGUCUCCUCUCCUGCCUUUACUUUAGCUCCUUCUGAACUUCAUGAGCAGUAACAGAACGAGAAGAUAACUAACAAACACCUUUCUGCUGGACAUUUGGUUAAGUGCUUUCCUUGGAUUUUCUCAUAAAAAAAAAAAACCCUUUACAAGUGCCAACAUGACUCCCACUAAAAAUGAGCAAACCUCAGCAGAGACAUCAUCUGGUGGCUGAUCUGACAAGUAUGGAUGUGGGAUGUAGGCCCAGGCCCCUUGAUUCUAAAGCCCACCAUCUGAAACACUCCCAGUGGCCUUCAAUGCUAGGAUGCCUUCACUCUACAUUGACGUAGUGGGCCAGGGACAAGCUCUUUGUUCACAUGGCCUAAGUACGGUCUCUCUCUUACCACCUUGGGACCCGGAGCUGUGCCUGUUCUGGUCUGAGCUCUGCCAUUCACGUGCCCUCUUGUUUUUUCCUCUGGAUGUCAUGUCCAUUAAUUAAACGAGCCUUCCUGAUGGUCCAGCAGGACGGCUCUCGAGUACCAGGGGAGCCCGAGGUUACUGAAUAGUCAGCAGCAGACUGACAGGCAAGUGGAUGAACCCUGAAUAUCGCAAACCAUCAUCAAGGCGCCCUGCAGAAGGCAAUCUGAAUUUGCCAUACUUCUUGGUUGAAUUUAAACUAUUUGGCGCCAGCCCGAUUUUCCUGGUAUCUAUCCACCACCGUAGGCACUUUACAAUUGAUCUGCCCUUUCACAAGGUCUCAGAGCCUCACAAUAGCUAGCGGUGAGAGAUUAUCAGUUCAAUUUUAUAGACAAGACUUUGUCACAGCAAGUGACUUGCCCAAGGACGUGUGGCAGAAGAUGGAUGGAAAACACAUUAGGUCCUCCUAACCUAGCACAGUGAUUUUUUUUUUCCUUCUACAUAAAUUAUGGUUUAUAUAAAUGAUGCAUUUAUGCAACUAUUCCCAUUAUAAAAAGUCCCAUAACACAGAUAAAGUAAAUACUCUUGACCCUAGCUCAGUCCCACUCCAUUCCCAAGGCAGGUGGGGUUGGGGCGUUAUCACUUGGCAUAUGUGAUUCGGUAAUUUGCGGUUUUGUUUGCUGUUGUUUAUGACUAAGGUGAUGCUGUAUGUACUCUGCUACUGGCCUUUCAAUUGUCAACCCCGCACAUCACCUCACAUCAAUUCAUGUGUGCUUCAUGCUGCCAGCCUGGGAGAGCAGGCAAUUCAAUAGUUGACUGAAUCCUGUGUCUUCCACAUGGUCAGCAGGACUGGUUUCAGGAUGAAGUGGCAGCUCAGAUGUAGGGGUUGUCCUGUUGGCAGGAGCCAGUCCCAAAGUGGGUCUCACCUGACUUCCUUCCCCCUUGAGGGACUGUUUGGAGUCAGAUUGAUAAAACUCUGCUUCCAGUCAUCCCUAAACACCUGCCUUUGACCAAGUUACCUAAACUGCUAACCUGGAUGUUUAGCAAGCUUAGGAGGUAUGAUAACCAACUCCUCAAAAACGAUGUCAAGUGUGACCUCCUUUCCAAGGCCUGGUUAGUUCUCAAAGACCGCUGCCCUAGGAUACAGUCUAAGGGACAUUAUGGAAAUAUUAAGGAAAAAAAAAAACAGAAAAUAAAUUACAAAACACAUACACACACACACACACACACACACACACACACACACACACACACAGAAGCAACCAGAAAACCAAACCAAACACUUUUAUAAUAAACCUGGGAUUACACUGGGCGCUCCCACUGGGGACCCUCACCACUGCCUGGUGGGGGUGGGGAACUGUGACCACCUUACAAAGGAGGAAAGUUGAGGCUCCAGCACAGGGCUCUCCACCACAGACCACUGUCUCCUGGUCAGAGCUGUUGUCUGAGGAAGUUAGAAUCUGAACCCAGGACUUCGGCCCCCAUGUACAGAGUCACUUCAAGAAUCAUAGUGUCAGCUAUCAGCCCCAUAUGCCUGGCAGCAUGUGAUACAUGGUUCUUUCUGAUUCUGACCCUCGGUCAGAGGUCAUCUGUGAACUAUUUAAGGCCUUGUAGAAACAGGCCAUUGAACCACACAGCUGCUGGCAUAACAGAAUGGAUGGGAAACUCCGUUCUCCAUCAGGCGUUAAUCAACUGGCUAAGAUGUGAUCUGUACGCCUUCAAAAUGGUUUCUGCUUUUUAAUGUCUGGGUUGAAAUCCAAGAGUAUUAUUUUGUGAUGUGAAUAUUAUGUGGAAUUCAAGUUUCUGUCUAUCAAUAAAGUUUUGUCGUAAUAUGGCCA